UCUCAUUAAAAUGAACGACAAAUUGGCUGAUCAUUAUAAUGUAUUUUUAAGUCCUUCGCCAGCUGGACUUGAACAAGAGUUUCAUUUGUUAUUGACAGCUGAUGCAAUUAAAUUUUUAAUAGAACUUACCAUAAAGUUUCAAGAUAAAGUUAAUGAUUUAUAUUUGACAAGACUUGAAAGAAAGUUCAUACAGAAGAAAGUGCGCAAAAUCCCAAGAUUUUUCGAGUCUAGUAAUUCUACUGAUGAUUGGAAGGUAGCUCCAGUUAAUCACAGACUUCAAAAUCGUACCGUUGAUCUUGGUGACGUCAGUCCUAGUGACUACAUACAUUUUACUUCAGCUUUAAAAGCUAAGGUCGAAGGAAUUCAAGUUGAUUUCGAUGACGGACAUUGCCCAACAUGGAAAAAUCAAAUUUUUGGACUGUACAAUAUUUAUCGGGUCGUUCACGAUCAAAUUCCGAACGUCCCUAAAAUAGCUGAUGCUCCAGUUCUAAUAUUUCGACCCAGAGCUUGGAAUAUGAUUGAACAUAAUAUGAGUAUUAAUGGGAAAGAAAUUCCUGGCCCUUUGUUCGAUUUUGGUCUAUUAAUUUAUCAUACUGGUAAUAUUCUUGCUCAAUGUGAUUCUGGACCAUUUUUUUACUUACCAAAAUUGGAAGGUGCAUCAGAAGCCAAAUUGUGGAAUGAAAUUUUCACUUGGAGUCAAUCAAGAUUGCGCAUUCCCUAUGGAACUAUCAAAGCUUGCGUUCUCAUUGAAAAUAUUUUGUCUUCUUUUGAAUUAGACCAAAUAUUGUAUGAAUUGAAGGAUCAUUCACUUGGUCUAAACUGCGGUGUUUGGGACUAUACCGCCUCUAUAAUAUCCAAGUUUGGAGAUGAUGCAUCAUUCAUUAUACCUGAUCGAAACAUGUAUGUAGAUAUGACAAAACCAUUCCUCAAAAAGUACAUGGAUCUUGUUGUAAGAACUUGCCACAAAAGAAAUGCUCAUGCAACGGGUGGCAUGGUAGCUAAACUUUUACCACCAAAAGAAAGUACUGAUUUUGAUGACAUUGUGCAAAAUAUUACUGAAAAAAAGUUAUUUGAAAUGAGUGCAGGAGUUGAUGGAUUUAUUAUAUAUGAUUUGAAGCUUGUAGAUAUUGUCAACAACCUAUGGAUGAAAUUUGGAGUAUACUCUAAUCAAUUACAUUAUUUUGGAUCUUCAGAAAAAAUAACAGAAUCUGAUUUACUUACUUUACCACAUGGAAAAAUUACUGAAGCAGGAUUAAAAGAUAACAUAACAAUUGCAAUUCUUUUUAUUUUCAAUUGGUUGUGUGGCAAAGGUAUUUUUGAAUUUAAAGGAGCUAUUGAAGAUUCAGCAACUGCUGAAAUAUCAAGAGCUCAGAUAUGGCAAUGGAUUAGACACAGCGUUGUAAUAGAGAAUACUGAAAAGAUAAUUACUAGAAAACUUGUUUUUAAAGAAGCAACAAAUGUUUAUGAAUCUUUAUCCAAUCAAUAUGGAGUUGAUGAAUUUACAAAAAUAAAGCUUGCCAUUGCUUUUGAUAUAUUUUUAGAGAUUGUUAAUCAUAGAGAAUUUCCGGAAUAUUUUACAACUUAUUUAAAUGACACUUAUAUUUUUAGAAAAUUACAGGCUAGUCUGUAAAUGUUUUUGAAAUAUAUUUUUUAA